CAAGGCCUAUGCUUCAAUAAUGCUUUACUAUGUGUUCUUCAUCUUCUUUAUCUUGACUUUUCUAUCGACGACUAACGCUCAACAAAACGUCACCGUUCAUACCUUUUGCUUCUACGAAGGACUCAACUUCACAUCCAACUCUUCAUAUUCCUUCAAUCUCAACCGUUUGAUCUCCUCCCUACCCGUUCUAACUCCAACCAUCAACGGCUUCUACAACAUCUCCAUCAAUGAAGAAGUCAACGCUAUAGCUUUAUGCAGAGGAGAUCUCAAACCAAAUCAAGAUUGCAUCAGUUGCAUAACAAACGCAGCUAAACAGCUCUUAGAAAGUUGUCCGAACACCGUGGAAGCUGCGAUAUGGCUCGAGAAAUGCAUGUUUCGUUACACAAGUCGAUUUAUAUUAGGUCAAAUGGAGCCAGUUCCUUUUUAUCACACAUCAAGCAACGUUAGCGUGGCGGACAAGGAAGGUUUCAGCAAGGGUUUAGGUGAACUAUUGGAUUCUUUAGGGUUAAAAAUAGUGGAUGCGUAUGAGACCAAAGAGGUUAAGUUUGCAGCAGGAGUGAAAGGGACAGUUUAUGCCUUGGCUCAGUGUACACCAGAUUUGUCUAAAUCAGAUUGUAGGAUCUGUCUUUCUCAGAUCUUUGCUGGGGUUCCUACUUGUUGUGAUGGCAAAUCUGGUGGAUGGUGGAUGAAUCCAAGUUGCUAUUUUAGGUUCGAAGAUUAUCCGUUUUUCGAUCUCUCUGCUGUUUCAGAAGAGGAACAACCUAUUGCUCCUUCUAACAACGACACCAAAAGAAGUGAUCAAGGAAAAGGUUCUAAAACUCUGGUAUUUGCGGUGAUUCCUAUUGUGAUAGUUAUCAUAGUUCUUAUCUCUCUCUUUAUCUACUUAAUGAGGAGGAGUAGGAAGAAGAAGAAAGAUCUAAAGGAAGAAGCUGAAAAUGAAGUUGAGGGUACACACUCAUUGCAUUUUGAUUUCGAAACCAUAAGAGUUGCAACAGAUGAGUUCUCUUUAACGAAUAAGAUCGGUGAAGGUGGUUUUGGGGCUGUCUACAAGGGUCGUCUUCAAGAUGGGAAAGAGAUAGCGGUGAAAAGAUUAUCGAUACAUUCAGGACAAGGAAAUGCUGAGUUUAAGACAGAAGUGCUCUUAAUGACUAAGCUGCAACACAAGAAUCUUGUUAAACUCUUUGGUUUCUCCAUCAAAGAUUCUGAAAGACUUCUUGUCUAUGAGUUUAUCUCUAAUGCAAGUCUUGAUCGGUUCUUGUUCGAUCCUAUUAAGGGGAAGCAGUUGGAUUGGGAAACAAGGUACAAUAUCAUCAUAGGAGUUUCCAGGGGAUUGCUUUACCUUCAUGAAGGCACCAAGUUUUCGAUAAUACACCGUGAUCUCAAGUCCUCUAAUGUGCUUCUAGAUGAACAAAUGCAUCCAAAAAUAUCAGAUUUUGGAAUGGCUAGACAGUUUGAUUUUGAUAAGACUCAAGCAGUCACAAGAAGAGUUGUUGGAACUUAUGGAUAUAUGGCUCCAGAGUAUGCAAUGCAUGGUAGAUUCUCUGUGAAAACUGAUGUUUACAGCUUUGGAGUUCUUGUUCUUGAGAUCAUCACAGGUAAAAGAAACAGUGGAUUAGGGUUUAGUGAAGACACAGAUCUCCCAACUUUCGCAUGGAAAAAUUGGGUUGAAGGAACACCAAUGGAUCUAAUAGAUGAUGUUCUGUUGAAAUCUUGCUCUAAAGAACAAUCAAUGCAAUGCUUAGAAAUUGCAUUGUCUUGUGUUCAAGAGAAUCCUACAAAAAGACCAACAAUGGAUGCAGUUGUUUCCAUGCUUAGCUCUGAUUCUGAGUCUCUCCAACUUCCAAAUCCAUCACAGCCUGGUUUCUUCAGAAGAUCAACCUCGUUUUCGGUUUCUGUUAAUGAUGUUUCUCUCACAGACUUGUCUGCACGUUAAGUGUAGAUUGUAGAAAUAGAUUGUAAGAAUUGCAAUGACAAUGUAUACAGAAUUGAUUCAAUGAAUGUGUAAUAACUUGUGCUUUACUGCACCUAACUUUUAA